UUAUUAAAAAAACUAUGUUAUGCAUAUGCACAGGUCAUGCAUUUUCUGCUGUUUUGUAUGUUUUUCAGAGGCAGAGGCAAGAUAUUUAAUAGCUGUGAAGCCAAAUGAAAAUCAUAAGACAUGCAAAGAAAAGAAUUCAUCUCAGAAACCUCUUCAAGUUGUCAUUGGCUCUCUGACACCUACAUCUGUGUAUCUUUCAUGGGGAAUUCUUAUAAAUCCACAAAUUGACUGGUCUGCUCUCAGCAAAUGUCCGAAUGACAGGUUUUACACAGUUCGCUACAAAGAAAAAAAUAAGGACUGGAACUUCCAGCUUUGUCCUACAACUGAAGCUGUGGUCGAUAAUCUAAAGCCAAACACUAUGUAUGAAUUUGGUGUGAAAGAUAACUCAGAUGAUGAAAUAUGGAGUAAACCUCAAAAUCACAAGACUAGUCCAAAAGGUAAAGAAAAUGGGAACAUAGAAAAUACAUACAAAAUACCAAAAGGCACUUUACAGUAUGCCACUGAAGACACAAAGGCUCUCAUUCCAGUGAUAAUAGUUAAGCAAGGUUUUCAAAAUAUUUCUAAACCGACAGCUGCACCCCCACCAACAGUACAAAGUCCAGUCUUCAGGGAGGAGACAAAGAAGCCACCUUUGACCACCACAAGGCCAACAACACCUAAACCAAAACCAGCUUCCAAAGUUACUGUCUCCCUUCCAAUUCCUAAUACUUCAGAAAAAACUAUUGCAGAAGAUCCCAAACCAGCAUUAACAAGCCAAGCCAUUGUGGAAUCUUUCACUUCAGAUUCAUCAACUAGUACCCUAGAAUGGGUCCCAGCAACUAUGGCUCCCAUUAAAACAAAAGUAUCUGAGUCUGAGGUACUUUCCAGCACAGAAGAACAGCAUACUAAAUUGGAGGUGACUAUGGCACCAAAUGAACAAUUACCACAAAGUCCAAUACCUGCACAGACCAGACCUACAGUUUACUUAGCCUCACCUACAAUGUCACCAGUUUCAUUUACAAAGGAACUUCCAAUUGUACAGCCAGAGACUGUACUGGGUGAGGAGCCGAUAUCCAGUGAACCUCCACAGCACCAAAGCUCCACAGUGAGCAGUGAUUUACUUCCAGAGCCGCACAGGACCAUAGCAAGUAAAGCCUCACCUACAAUGUCACCAGUUUCAUUUACAAAGGAACUUCCAAUUGUACAGCCAGAGGCUGUACUGGCAGGUGAGGAGCCGAUAUCCAGUGAAGUUCCACAGCUCCAAAGCUCCACAGUAAGCAGUGAUUUACUUCCAGAGCCGCACAGGACCAUAGCUGGUAAAGGAGAUGUACCAGAGUUUAUUGAUGUACCACAAGUGAGCACUGAUAUGCCUAUUAAACUGCGCACAACGUCUGGUAAAGGGAUGCAUCCUAAAUCAACUCUAGUGUCAAAAUUGAGUACACACUUGCCUUUCCAAAAGCACACAACUACCCUAGCAACCACAAGCCAAUUUAUCCCAGUCAAACAAAGCACCAUGUCCUCUCAAACUCACAAAAAAACCACCACUGCGUUUAUUGGCAUUCCUAAUAUUGUUACUACGCCGAAGAGCAUUGUUAGGACUACAGUACAGAAUCCCAUGCCUGUUCCAAAUGAAAUUUUAUCAGUUCACCCAAAACCUGUCCCUAGCACUGAAGCACCAGAAUCUGAAGCUGACAGCACACUGCCAGAGUCUAAAAUAAUUACAACAGAUGCACCUCAUACAUAUGAACCAGAAAAAUCUACUUUAGCCUCCGAUGAUCGCAUCGUUGUUCAGAAGCACACAUCAACAUCCAAGUCCCAUACCACGAUUGCGUAUCGGACUAGAACCACAUCUUUUACAACUAACACUCCCACUACUUCCCAAAGGACACAAUCGACUCUGGCAUCAAAGAGAGAACGGGUUUCUCCUGCACAACCUAAAAUUCCAUUGCCAAAAAAGACACAACCUACAACUGUUCCUGUCAAAACUCAAAAAAUCCCCCACAAAAAGGACCACUCAACUGUGGGCCCAACCCCACAAACUGGUAAAACUGAAAAAGAUGUUUCUCCUAAACCCCACAAAACAUCUCAAAGUCCACCAACAACUGCUGUGCCAAAACCAGCACAAACUGCAAAGAUGCCAAUAAAACCGAUUAUUCAUAUAUUUUCGGAUCCAGCACUUCCAAGUGUGCAAAGUGAAACACAAACCACUGCACCUCCAAUCCCUAAAACAACUCAGUCAAAUAAAAUACCAGAGUCAAAACCCGCUCCCAAAACCACAAAGAAAGUAUCUAUACAUGUUAUUAGCCUCCAGAUCUUUGACAAACCAGAUGUUCCCAUGGUUCCUAACACAACAUUGACUCCUCAGGCCACAACAACACAAAGACCUGAAAGCCCUCAUACCACUCCUGUUCCCGUGCAAAAAGUUUCACAACCAAUAACCCAAAAACCCAAACCAUCUCCUCGGACUCGUACAAAACCUGCUCCUACUGCAGCACCCAAGGAAACUACUACUUUGCCUAAAAUUCCACAUGUGACUGCUGCAGCAACGUUGGCCACCUAUAGAGUGCAGCAUAGCUCUUCCAGACCAAGAACAUCACUUAGACCAAGAACCCGACCCGCACAGAAUGGAACAACUCAAGGAUCAAGUCGACCAAGACCAACUGGAGAUUUCAGCUGGGUGCCUGGCACAAUCCCAGGUGGAAGAGUUUUAGACAGUACAAAACUCCUUGGUGUGAGCAGAAAUAUUUCUAUGGAACCAAACAACACUGGAAAAAGAACAUUUUCAGUAUCUUCACCACCUUUGCCCCCAGUAAAACCAACUUCCAUACGUAGAAGAUUUCAGUAUAACAAUGUAACAGGGAGACCAAGAGUGACAGUAUCGUCACCACCACUUUCUCCUGUGAAACCAACCACCAUUCGCAGGAGACCACCUGCUAAUGCUACAGCUAAACCAGUACCUACAGUGGACCCGAAUGUAUUCAAUACAUUUCCAAAGUCAGAUGUUGAUACAGUGGGCAAACAGAGAUAUACGGGAUCACAUGUAUUAUACAUAAACAAAAAAGAAAAUAGACCCUGCUCCAUCACGGACUCUCUUAAACACUUCCCAACAGAGGAGAGCACCAACCAGGACAUUUCAACUCCUCCCCAGAACCCUCCUUCUAACCUUACUGUUGUGACUGUAGAGGGGUGUUCUUCCUUUGUUAUUUUAGAUUGGGAAAUGCCUAAUAAUGACACAGCUACUGAGUUUAAAGUCAUCUCAACAGAAAAUGGAGCACCUGAAGGAAAGAAUCAGUCAAUCAUAACCACAAAUCAGACAUAUUCUACAGUAGAAAACUUGAAGCCAGACACCAGGUAAG